UUCGUGAAAAAAUGGAAUUCCACAGAAAUGAACAAUGUUACUUGAAAUGUUAUAUCAUGUGAGCCAUACUGAAGUAAUAGAUUCCCGUAUAUUCAGGUCUCUGUAGGCUGCUUUAAUCUUAAGAUGGAGAAAAUUGUUAAGUUUACCACUACCAUUCGGAACAAUUGGAAAAAAUCAGUCCUAGGGGCUUGCGUAUUGGCUUACGGAGCCUCGGCAGCAAAAGAGAAAUACGAAAUCAAUAUUCUUAUGAGAGCAGCAUGCAAGGAAGCGGCUCUAUAUGGAGAUGCAUUAAUACCAAUGGAGCGUAAUCCUACUGUUGUAACUGUGAUCCUCAAUCCCGUUGCUAAUAAGAGAUCAGCUAAAAAGGACUUUGAAAAAUAUUGUGAACCACUACUGCACCUUGCCGGUUUGCAAGUUGAUAUUGUGCAAACAGCUUCAGAGGGCAAUGCAAAGGAAAUUGUGGAGACCUUGAAGGGUACAGAGGCAAUAAUUGUAGCAGGUGGUGAUGGGACUUUAUCAGAGACAGUUACAGGUCUCCUCCGCCGAAAUGAUGAAGCUAAUCGUUUUCCACUUGGAGUCCUUCCUCUUGGCCGCACUAACAAGCUUGGGAACAGCUUGUUUCCUGGUGGAUCAAAUAAUGUGGAAAAAGCCAAACAGCUUAUUGAUGCGUCAAUGGCUAUUAUCAAAGGCAAUACUGAAUGGAAAGAUGCUCUCAAAAUAGAACAGAUCACAGAUGGCGAGGAAACCCCAAAACCAAUCUUUGCCAUGAGUUCUAUAGAAUGGGGCGCUUUUAGAGACACAAUGGCCAAGAAAGAUAAAUACUGGUUCACUGCAGGUUUAAGAGAAUAUGCAACAUUUCUUUUUAAUGGUUAUAAAGACUCUAUUACUUGGAAUUGCAGUGGCACACUGAAAUAUACGCCGCCUUGUGCUGGAUGUGCAAAUUGUGUGCAAAAAAAGCCUGAACCUAAACGAAAAUGGUCAUUCUUUAUUCCCAGCACGCAAGCUGCAACUGGUGACCCAAAAGAGAUUAAUCCAGAAUGCUUGAAAUCAGAGGAGUUGUGUUUUAAAACAGCAGAGUUUAAAAUAGAAACUGCUGCAGAGAAGCAAGAGAAACCUUCUUUGAAAAUAAUAUUGGGAAAGAGCAGCUAUUCAUACACACAAUUUGUUAGCGAAGGUUGGGACAGAUUGAAAAACAAGCCAGAGGUUAAAGAAGUUAUUUCUGCUCGAACAGUGGAACUAAUACCUCAGGAUUCAGGCAAAGAAGUCACCAUAGAGAUUGACAAGGAAGAAUUUGAGUUAAAACCAGUUAAAGUUACAAUACUGCCGAAAAUUGUCAAAUUGUUUUGCCUACAAUAAAUGGUUAAAUAAAACCUAGUUUC